AUAUGUUUAAACACUUGUGCAAUACUGUUUUACAAGUAUAAAACCUAGUGAUUUUUUAUCAAAAGUUUGUUCAAACAAAUAUAUCACCGCAUCGCACAAGAUAGCGAUAAUUUACAGUAUGGGAAGUUAUCAAUUAUGUGUGGCCGUCAUGGCAAUAGCUAGUUUAGCCACAGCACAGAAAACUAGCUACGUUGAUGUGUCUGCUGCCUACCCCACUGCCGAUGAAUUCAAUGAGCCGAAAGACGAGUUAGAAUCAGAAAUAGAGCACCAUCAAUGUGAUGAAUACAGAUCGAAGAUCUGGGACAAAGCAUUUAGCAAUCCAGCGACUAUGGGACUAAUGGAUGUAGUGUUUGAAACAAAUAACGAAUUGGGCGCCGACGAAGUGUGUUCAGACACGAUUCGGGUCCUAAUUAACUUCAUCAAUGUGAUGGCCACCGACCAAAGCGCUCACUUCUCGACAGGUAUGUUGGGCAAGAUGUUGGCGUUCAUUGCGAGGGAGGUGGAUGUGACUUCGGACAAUUUCAAAGAGACAAGGCAGGUGAUCGAACGCAUCGCAACAAAUGUUGAGAUUCGUAACUAUAUCAGGAACUUAAUCUUCCGGUCCAUAAACUUGAUCAAAGAACCAGAGAUGAGAAGUCGACUACUUAGAGUAACUAAAGCUUUCGAGAGUCUGAUUGUACCGUCCAAAGACGAGAAAAAGUCAACCAGAAGAUUAAGGGGUUAGGCAAUGCUCCCGCCAAGAUAGCCAUGGGUACCAUGGAUAAGAUUGGAAGUUUCUUACAUAAUUUCUAAUAAACACGUCCAUACAAUAGAUUAGUGAUAUUUAUAUACAUUAAGUGUAAACUCUUUACAAAUAUUUUAAUAUCUUAUCUCACCUCCUUCCCUCACCGAAAGUCAUUUUAAUUUUUUGUACAAUAUCACACAUUAGGUAUUAUUUGAUUCACCACUCAUCGUUAUUAUUGAAAUAAAUACUAUCGUUAUUGUUAUUUUUAUUUUUGUCUCUUAAUAUACUCAACUGAUUAACGUUUAA